UCCCGAGAUUCUCAACUUGCGAUAGAAUCUACAGUUUAUGUCACAUGUACUAUGGAAAGGUGGACUGUGGAGAUACAUGUGUAGGUAUCGCAUCUGUACGUACACUUUAGGUAUGUGUGUGUGCGUGCAAACACAUUGCCAUCCCACUGCCAUCACUGACAGCGAGGCAUGUAUCGGAUCCGGUGGGUUGCUCGCUGACGAGUUGAUUCUGUCACUGGGUGUGUUCGCGAUUGAGCAGCCAGUGGGUCGCGUACAUGGUCACCCUCUCGAUAACGUCAUGUGAGAAUUGCACAAUUAAUCGGGAUAUUCAAAUAGGGAUGCGACAUUCCACUCAGUCGCCACAUUCGUAUAAAGAAGAGAGACCAACACACGCGUCGAGUCGCUCAAGAGCAAUACACAGAGUAAUAAAAAUUGUGUUGUGUUAGUGUCCGCGCGCGGAGAAUAUGGCUAUAUUUAGCGUAUGACAACUGGCGGUUUUGGAGCGCGGUGCCGCGUGUCGCGUCGCCCUGUUGUAACUCGCGCGCCCGUGUUUACACUUGUGAUUUCUAUUAGUGCGGAAUAACGAAAAAAUGGAGGAUAUAUUUCAGUGGUGCCGCGAGGGCAAUGCCAUGCAGGUCCGCGUCUGGCUGGACGACACCGAGCAUGACAUGAAUCAAGGAGAUGAUCAUGGAUUUAGUCCGCUUCAUUGGUGUUGCAAAGAAGGACACUUGAAAUUGGCCGAGUUGCUUGUCAACAGAGGAGCACGUAUCAAUGCCACCAACAGAGGAGACGACACACCGUUGCAUCUGGCUGCAGCACAUAAGCACAAGGAGAUAGUACAAUUGUUGCUUAGGAAUCGCGCCGAUGUAAAUGUCACAAACGAACACGGAAACACUGCUCUACAUUACGCAUGUUUCUGGGGAGACCAGGCGAUUGGAGAGGAACUGGUCGCGGCCGGUGCUCUCGUGUCUAUUGCCAACAAAGACGGCGACACUCCUCUUGACAAAGCCAGAGGUGUCGUGGCCAAGAGAUUGCACGAUUUGGCGGUGGAAUAUGGACAAGAUUUGAAGAAGAUUCAGUUUAAAGAUCAGAGCUGGUUGGGUUUGAAGACCAGGAGCCGAGAUGCCACUCUUUCAAGACACAAAGGCAUCAGCAUGGCGGAUUUGUCGUUGCACACGCAUAUCGCGACCACACCGAGCGGUGAAACCUGGCGGGGACGAUGGCAGAACAACGAUAUCGUUGCCAAGAUCCUGAACAUUCGCGAAUGUACCGCGCGCAUUUGCAGGGACUUCAACGAGGAGUUUCCGAAGCUGAGAAUCUUCUCGCAUCCCAACGUCCUGCCGGUUCUCGGCUGUGUGAACCAGCCGCCGCAGUUGGCCACCGUUUCUCAGUACAUGGCGCGCGGCAGUUUGCACCGACUUCUGCACGGAGGAACGGGCGUCGUGGUGGACACCGCCCGUGCUCUUCGAUUGGCUCUCGACGUCGCUAGGGCGAUGGCGUUCCUUCACAGUUUGGAUCGACAGAACAGAUGCAGAUUUCAUUUGAACAGCAAGCACAUAAUGAUCGACGAAGAUCUAACAGCUCGUGUGAACAUGGCGGACGCGAAAUUCUCCUUCCAAGAAGUUGGGAGAAUUUACGAACCGGCGUGGAUGUCGCCUGAAGCUCUGAGCAAACGUCCGGCCGACAUUAAUCACGAAGCCAGCGAUAUGUGGAGCUUCGCCGUUCUUUUGUGGGAAUUGGCAACUAGAGAAGUGCCAUUUGCAGAUCUGUCGCCCAUGGAGUGUGGCAUGAAGAUUGCGCUGGAGGAUUUACGCGUGAGCAUUCCGCCGGGCAUUUCGCCGCAUCUCGCGAAGCUCAUCCGGAUUUGCAUGAACGAGGAUCCGGGAAAACGACCGUCUUUCGAGAUGGUUGUGCCGAUUCUCGAUAAGAUGAAGCGCUGAAACGCGCCCGAUGUUUCUUGUGUGACUAUUGGUCACAGUAUAAUUAGAAGAAACGAUGAAACAUGUUUUAAAGAAAUAUUAGAUCACAAGAAGUGCCUAACAAAUUUCUAUAUAUUUAUUGAAUUAUCUCAAAUAAUUAAUGAAAAUCAACGAUAGAAUAUUUUUUUAUAUCUCUCUAUACAUAGACAUGUGUGUUCUAUAGAUACAUAUAACGAAUACUGCCUUAGGUUUGAACUUAGGUUUCAAAAGAAACUAAUUCCUUUUUUAGUUAUUGUUAUAUAUUUAAUAUAAAUAUAUUGUUUCAAUACAAAUAUAUAUUUAUAUAUGCAUAAUCUUUAAAUAAGGUUUUAAAUAUGUAAGUAUUUAUAGAGCGUAUGUUUAACGCAACUGCUGGAACUUUUUAACAGAAAAAGAACAGAAUGUAGUAACGCUAUUUACACACAAAACUCUGUAAAGCAUAUUUUUUAAAUAAAACUCUUUGACAAUUUUA